AUGUCGAAGCUAACAGCAACCGGAGGUGGUCUGCGGAGGGCACGGCCGGGAGGACAAGUGCGGAGCAAGUCAAUGGCAGAUUGGACAACAGAGGUGCACCAGAAGCAAAAGGGAAAAGAGGCACAAGAACCCUUGGAGCGAAGGAUUCUACGAUCAGACGUACUCGGGGCUGAUGGCGUCGCAGUUGGAUCCGAAGACCUCCGGUGA